GUCCAUUGGCGCAGCCGCAGUUUUGUAGCGUAGAGUUAGUAUAGACCCGGAAGUUCCUCUUGACCUAAUUCGUGUUCAGUCGCGGAAAAAACUAAAAUAUUUAUUUGUAUUAUUUUUAUUUUUUCUUCCAUUAUGAAGAUAAAUGAAAACACGCUGCUGGAAGGCCAUAAAGUCGUGCUGGUGCCAUACAAUGCCGAACACGUGCCAAGGUAUCACGAGUGGAUGAAGUCCACCGAGCUGCAGCAGCUGACUGCCUCAGAGCCGCUGACCCUUGAGCAAGAAUAUGACAUGCAACGCAGCUGGAGGGAAGACAGUGACAAGUGCACCUUCAUCAUCUUGGACAAGCGGCGGUGGGCGGAGUCUAAAAUGAAAGAGGAGCAAUGCAUGAUCGGCGACGUCAACAUCUUCCUGACCGACCCGCUGGAUCCGUCCCUCGCUGAACUCGAGAUCAUGAUAGCAGAGCCCGCUUACAGAGGCAAAGGCAUCGGGAAGGAAGUGGUGCACAUGAUGAUGCAAUACGGGGUCGCCAAACUCAACAUCCACAAGUUUCAAGUGAAAAUCGGCCUGAACAACGAGGUCAGCAUCGCCAUGUUCAAGAAACUGCACUUCCAGCAGGUGUCGGUGUGUCGGGUGUUCAAGGAGGCCACCUUGGAGAUGACGAUGGACGAGCGUGUGCGGAGCAGCCUGCUCCAGCGCACCGUCCACAUGAGGGAGCGGGACUACGCGCUGAGCCGCAGCGGCAGACAGGAAGUGACGUCGCAGGAUUGAAGAAAAAGCCGGCGAGGAGGAAGUGAGUGAGACAAAACACAUUAGUUUGGUUUUCCUUGAAGCCAAGCAUUAGCAACUUCGACCACUUUUAUUGAUGCAUGAAGUCAUCACGUUACGAUUAGCAUUCAGAAUGUUUUUUUUUUUAAUCACCCUUCUUGAGAACAUCGGAGGACGCCAUGAGCCGGGUUUUAAGACGACAAAAGACGCGUUCAAAAAAACCGUGCGCUUGUACGAAGAGCGACAACAAUUCCAUAGGAAUUUAAGCUGAUCUUGCACACUUUCGUGCCGCGCGCAUGAGAAGCAGCGUUUUGAUCAGAGGAUCGCUUUCAAGCGCGUUUAGCUUUUGGACGCUGGCGCGGAUUCCAGGAAGUCCUUGGCCGCGGCGGACAGGUCGUAGAGGAGCUCUCUGACCACGCCCUCCUUCUCCCGGGCCCAGGCCAGACCCCGGUCCACGGCGGCGUUGACCGGCACGCAGGCGUCGCCCUGGCGCAGCUCCGUCAGCUGACAGGCGGCGGCGGCGGCGGCCAGUCCGAGCAGCAGCAGCAGGAGGAGCUUGAAGACCACGCCCAGGACUGUUGGCCGGGGUUUGGACGCCGCUUGUGCCGCCGUCUUUUUGUCUGGAGAAGAACGUGGACGAAUCAUCAGCCUUUUUUUGGGGAUUGUUGUUCAUUCUGGCAGCAUUUUUUUUUUCUUCCAGUUGCACCAAAAUUUAUGUUUAUUUAUCUUCAAUAACAUCGGAUCAAUUUCUGGUUUUAUGAAUUUGUUAUUGUUUCUAAAUGUUCCUUGUAACUUUUACCUCAAAGUACAGGAUUUCAACCAAAAAUGGGAAAAUUCGAUAUUGAUGUUUUACUCUUUUUAUACUACACGGCAGGGUUGUCUUGAUACCGCUACCAAAAUGUACCUCCUUUUCAAAUUUGUAAGAAAUAAAAAAAAAAAGUUCAAUGCUCAA